AUGGUUCUAUUACAGUUGGAUCCAUUCCUCAAUGAGCUCACGAGCAUGUUCGAGAAGAGCAAAGAGAAGGGUUCUGUGUGGGUUACUUUGAAAAGAUCAUCUCUGAAGUCUAAGCUGCAGAAGAGAAAACUGAGCUCGUCUGGAGAAUCCAUUGAAUACAGAUGCCUAAUUCGAGCAACUGAUGCAAAGAAAACGAUUUCUACUUCGGUUGGGGCUAAGGAUCACCAGAGAUUUCAAGCGUCAUACGCCACCAUACUUAAGGCCCACAUGACUGCUUUGAAGAAGAGGGAGAGGAAAGACCGGAAGAAAUCCACAGAGGCAAAGAAGAAAGAAACUUCAACGUCUAAGCCCAAGAAACUUUGA